UCCCUCACUGGGAGUCACUGUGCGCUGAUGCUCCUCCACAUGCUCGCAUCAGUGUCUGCAACACGAGCCUCGCAUCAUCAGCACAGCAAACUCAACAAACCACAUCUGACCGGCACGAUGGAUGGGCAACAUAAAGACCGCAGACAGACUCACUUGUGGAUAUUGACGUUACUGAUAUUUGUUUAAAGCACUGGAUAACAAGGUCUUUUCACCAACUUCUUCUUCUUCUGGAUACCGAUUGCGGAGCUGGAGCUGGAUCUUGUCCUACAGGCUUUUUUGGAGCAAGGAUUAUAUUUAUUCUGAUCACUUUAUUUGUCAUCACUUUGGAAUAGGAGCGCUUUUUUUUUGUUGGACUGAUUUUUCAAGGAUACGCACAUCAAACUCUAAAGGAUGGCCAGUUGGUUCACCUUUGUCAUCGCAAUAACAUUAUUUACUCAGGUUCUGGGAUCAGGUGUGUUCGAGAUAGAUCUCCAUCACUUUCAGAAUACUAAAGGUUUGCUGGCAAACGGACUUAGUUGCAGCAUGAGUGGCUGCAGGACUUAUUUCAGGGUUUGUUUGAAGAACUUCCAGACGGUGGUGUCUCCAGGAAACUGUAUAUUUGGCAAACUCACCACACCUGUUCUGGGCACCGACUCCUUCAGCAUCCAGCAGCAGGACAGCAGGCUGCGUCUGCCUCUCAACUUCACCUGGCCGGGUGCUUUCUCACUAGUUAUUGAAGCUCGGUAUUGUCCUGCAGCGGAUCUACCUGGAGAUACCACCAACCCUGAAUUCUUGAUUGGCUCUUUUGCCAUCCAUAGUGAAUUGGCAAUAGGUCGUGAGUGGUCUCAGGCUCCUCAAACGGAGCUCAGGUACUCAUACCGGUUCAUCUGCAAUGAACAUUACUACGGGGACACUUGUUCCAAGCUAUGCACACCGAGAGACGACCACUUUGGCCACUACACCUGCAAGCCUGACGGGCAAAUAGCCUGUCUGCCGGGAUGGAAGGGAGAAUACUGCCAAGAACCAAUCUGUCUGGAAGGAUGCAGCGAAAGGAAUGGAAACUGCACAUUACCUGGAGAGUGCAAAUGCCGAGAGGGCUGGCAGGGACUCUUUUGUGAUGUGUGUAAACUCCAUCCAUCCUGUAAACAUGGUACCUGUACAGAGCCGUGGCAGUGCACCUGCAAGGAGGGCUGGGGAGGCAUCUUUUGUGACCAAGAUCUGAACUACUGCACCCAUCACAAACCCUGUGCCAACGGGGCCACGUGUUUGAACACGGGUCAGGGCAGCUACACCUGCACCUGCAUGCCGGGCUUCAGCGGGGUUAACUGUGACCUGGAGGUCAGGGAGUGUGACAGCCAGCCCUGUCGCAACGGAGGCCACUGCCUGGACUCUGAGAACGGUUAUAGGUGCGUGUGCCCGCAGGGGUUUGAAGGGACGCACUGUGAACACAGGAUGCUGACCUGCGCAGAUACACCCUGCUUUCAUGGUGGCAAGUGCAGAGAGAGGGAUAAUGGAAACACGUACAUAUGCGAGUGUCCAGCAGGCUACACUGGACUCAACUGCGAGAAGAAAGUGGAUAAAUGCACCUCACUGCAAUGCACCAACGGUGGACAUUGUGUGACCCACGGUAACCUCCGACGGUGUAGCUGUCGCUCAGGCUUCACGGGUCUGCGCUGUGAGAUCAACAUCAACGAGUGUGCCAGGAACCCCUGCGCGAACGGCUCCACCUGCAUAGACCGCAUCAACGACUACACCUGCACAUGCCCCCCGGGGUACACAGGCCGCCACUGCGACAAGCCAACAGACCGCUGUGCCUCUCGGCCCUGCCUGAACGGUGGGACCUGCGCCGCCGGAGCCAAAGGCCAGCCCACCUGCACCUGCCCCGCACAUUACAGCGGCCCCCAGUGCCAGUCCAGCGACAUGCCUUCACCCAACACCCCCAGCCCCAACGUAGGCUUGGAGUCCGGUGACAAGCUGAGCUUGGCAGCCAUCUGCUUGGGAGUGGGCCUGGUGGCCGUUCUGGUGCUUCUCUGCAUGGUAGCGGUGGUGAUACGUCACGUCAGGAAGCAGAGGAGAAAGGAGCGGGACUCGGAGACCAUGAACAACCUCUCUAAGGUUGACUUUCAGAAGGAGAACCUCAUCUCUGCUCUAGAGUUCAAGAACACCAAUAAAAUGGUGGAUUUGGAGGUGGACUGUCCCAGGGAAAAGUCUAAUCACAAGCACAUCAACCACUACCACCUGGACUAUAAAACCUCCACGGGGUACAAGGAUGAACUGUCCCUUUUGGACAAAGAUGAAAACUGUGAAAAGACAAUAGAAGAAAAAAAGCAUUUGAGUAGAAUGUACAGUGAAAGGCCAGAGUGUAGAAUAUCAACAAUAUGUUCUUCCAGAGAUUCAAUGUACCAGUCUGUCUUUGUAUUAGCAGAGGAGAAAAACGAAUGCAUCAUUGCAACUGAGGUAUAAUAAAUGGAAGAUGUUAUUCACUGUCGACAUUGGAUUUCUUGUGGACUGUUUACAAGUGUGGAAGAGACUGGGAUUUAUUUAAAAAUGCAACUUGCUGCUCUUGAAAACUUGAUAACUGGAUGGAGCCGGCGUGCUCUUCGAAUUCAACAGAACUGAAGCUACUAAUCUUUGUGAGAAUGUAAAGACUAAAAAAAAAGACUAUAAAUAAUGAGCACAUCUGACUUGUGGAUGCGAACUCUUGUCUGCUCCGUCCAAGUUCAUCCAAGGGCAACAGGCCGAGAUGUUUGUGCCUGCGUGUUGAUUAGAGGACUAUCUCGAUGCACUCCUCUCCAGCUUAUUGCAGCAAUCAGCAAUCAACAAAUCAACUUGCUGCCAACGAGCCUGUGGAAGGAGCCAGCCUUUUCCAUUUUUUUUGUGGCCUGCAAUGCGCUAUGCAAGCAAAAAUCUGCAUUGUGCGUAAUCAGAAAGGGACAAAAACUACUGAAAACGGUUCAUUUUUGAAGGAUAUUUAGUGUUUCAAUCCUUUUUUAUAAAGAAUGUAUGCAGCCUAGAUCACAAAGCCUUAUAUAUGUGUUUAAAGCAUCGUGCCCCGCCUUAUCUUGAGUCCUUUGCACAGCAAAAUGAACAUAAAAAGAUCAAAAAAUGCAAUAUGCUACAGCGCCGUGCAGGGAAACUCACGAUAAGGCCUCGUUUUACCUUAUGCAAAGAAAUACAUGAAGUGACUAUCGUACCAAGGACGCCUUCAAAGGAAAUUACUGAACCAAUAAUGUUAUUUUGUAAGAUUAGUAGUAAUUUAAGAAUAUGAAGCACUGAUCUUUCUCUUUCUGUGUUUUAUAAGAUUAUUUUGUAUAUACUGUAUAUUUAUAUGUUGAGAUUAGAAGUAUCUGUUUUUAAGUUGAUGCCCAGAAAAAGGUGAAUUUAUUUUUAAAGUGUUGUCAGUGUUUUAAUUUGUAUUAUUUUUUUUUAUAAAAAGAAAUGAUGAACACAUAUCUGGUACACUGUUUGUUUGUUGGUCUUCAUGGUCAAAUAGAGAUCCUAAUCUAAAUGUUGGAAUCAUCUAGAAACUUUCUUUGUGUCAGCAGGUGUGGAAGUGGCUUCACUGUCUAUUAGAUACAGUCGUGUUUGGCCUGGUAGCAUUUCUAAUGAUUCCAUGUCUACAGUAUGUCCAUGGCGUCUGUGUCGGUGUGAUGUGAAAUCAAUGUGCUAGCAGUCAUUCAGUGGACAGCAAUGUAAGGAAAUACUCAAACAAAAAGACAUAUAUUUAAAAAAACAACAACAUCUGCAUGUGAAAAUAAAGAUACCUUGUGGUCUUUCGACAGUA